CGCCGUCAGGCCCGGGAUCCCGGCGGCCCGCGGCUUCAGGCCGAGGCCGAGCCCAAGCCGGCCCCUCCCGACCUCCCUGGCCGCUGGGCCCCGGGCACUGCGAGAAUGAAUGACAGAAGGAGGUCGUGCGGGUCCCUGUCCCCGUGAGCGGACGGCCGGGCGGGGAGGCAGGGCCCGGAGGGAGGCGCCCCCGGCCUGCUCCGGGGGGAGACUUAAUCCCCUUUCGUCCCCUUUAGGAGGAUGUUUUCUGAUUUGAGGAAAAUCGGCGCUUCCAGCAGCUGCGGGGUGCAGGAGAGGGGUGUCGGGGGCCCGCGGGGUCCCGGGGAGGGGGUCAGGACGGGUGUCCCGGCGCUGCGCCGGCUCCGGGCUGCCGGGAGGACCGUGGCCAUGGCAACCCCGGCCGGGCUGCGGUCAACACGGGCUUUCAAAGGGGGCCUUGUUCCCUGUGGGAGCCGUUCAGUUGCAGCCAGCGGGCUUUUCAGACCCGGGGAGGGAAGGGGGGUAGCGGGGUGGGGGUGGCCUGUUGAUGAGGAAGUGUCACUCCUGGUCCCCUCCUCCCCCGCCCCAGGCUUGUUUCCUGGAGGCCCCAGUUUCCACAGAUCCUGCUUCUGGAGAAUGAAAAGAAACGUAAGCAUGAGGAAUGUGUUCAGUCUCCAGGCAACAGGGUGUGUGUGUCUGUGUGUAACUGAGGGGAGGGAAGGAAGCUUGGAAAAAAAAAAAUCCCUAUCCUAUUGGCCUCCAAGAAUGGAAGGCCUCGGUGUCCUAGACCAGCGGUCCCCAACCUUUUUGGCACCAGGGACCGGUUUCGUGGAAGGCAAUUUUUCCACAGACGGUUGGGGGGGUUGGGGCACGGUUCAGGCGGUUGUGCGUGCGAUGCGGAGCCGCAGAUGAAGCUCGGCUGUCUCGCCCGCCGCUCACUCGCCCGCCGCUCACUCGCCCGCAGCUCACCUCCUGCUGUGCCGCCUGGUGCCUAACUGGCCGCGCGGAUGGCUACCGAUCCGCGGCCCAGGGGUUGCGGACGCCUGCCCUAGACGGAUUUUAGCAAGCUAGCCAGGGCCACCUGAAGCAGAUCUUUAAGACUCACGCAUCCUUUGGGCAAUGAAUAGCAAAUGAGAAAAUAUCAGAGAAAAUACUAAGUCAUUCGUUCAGUGUAAUGUAACCAAAUGGCAAUUUACAUUCUUACGUAUUAGCCAGUGAAAUUUAGUGAGAAAGCUGAUCUUGGGAGCUUGAAUAGCCUUUGCUGUCUUUGGGGGAGCUUGGCCGCUGGAUUUCCCUCCCUUCAUUUUGUCUUUAACUCAAGUAUAAAAAUUGGGAAGAAUGGCAUGUCUGCCCUCUAAGCACCUGUAUCACUUUUAAGGUAGUCUCUAUAGAUUUGUUAACGAGUGUGUGAAUGAUGAAUGCAUUUCCACUUAGGGCGGCUAGGGGUUAAUAGCCAGAUCUUAUCCCUUGACACUCCAUCCCUCUUUGGCCUUGUCCGAAGAGGUGGCCAGCAGGGGCAGCCUCAGGUGUGGGGAGAUGGGGAGGCAGGACAUGAACUUGACUACAUCAGUUAACUGUUAACACUGGCCAGGCCUCCGUCAAUCAGCUCUCCAGAUCCCCCUGGGGAUCCUUGAGCGAGGUGUGGGGAAAGAUCCUAACCUUUCCAGCUCAGAAAGGAGCUGAUUCUGGGCCUGCAUUUAUUUUCAGGUCACCGUCAGCCUGAGGAAAACAGCGUUCAAUCAGGUAGACUGGAGUUUCUACUGCUGCUGCUGCCCCCAUUCUGGUCAAGAAAAGUGGGGGAUCAAUAAACUUGAGUAUACAUAGGUGCCGGUUCUCUCACUGUCUUGCAUAUGAGAAAACUGAGGCUCGGAGAGGUGACGUUAGGUGCCUAAGGCCACGUGGGAUGGUCCGUGGAGCCGGACCCAGGAUGCUCCCGGGGUGUGGAUGACCAGCCGCCCAGCCCCGCACGGCCCAGGCCCGGAUGCCGCGCCCUUGUCUCCUGACCCGGGGACCCCGCCCGUCGCGGGACUGAGCUUCCAGAAGCCGCCGAGCGAGCGGCGACGGCGCAGGGACCCGGGGGAAGGGGCUCGGCGCCGGCGGGAAACAUUUUCCCCCAGCGGCUCGGCAAGAUGACCAGCCUGUUCCGCCGGAGCGGCGGGGGCGGCGGCGGCGGCGGGGGCGGCUCGGCGGCGGCGCGCGGGGCUGGGGGCAGCGCGGCCGCCUCGCAGGAGCUCAACAACAGCCGGCCCGCCCGCCAGGUGCGCCGCCUCGAGUUCAACCAGGCCAUGGACGACUUCAAGACCAUGUUCCCCAACAUGGAUUACGACAUCAUCGAGUGCGUGCUGCGUGCCAACAGCGGCGCCGUGGACGCCACCAUCGACCAGCUGCUGCAGAUGAACCUGGAGGCGGGUGGCGGCAGCGUCUACGAGGACAGCUCGGACUCGGAGGACAGCAUCCCCCCGGAGAUUUUGGAAAGGACCUUGGAACCUGAUAGCUCUGAUGAGGAGCCCCCGCCUGUGUACUCCCCUCCAGCCUACCACAUGCACAUGUUCGACAGGCCUUACCCUCUGGCUCCCCCCACUCCACCUCCCCGCAUCGACGUGCUGGGCUCCGCGCCCCCUUCCGGCCAGAGGCGCUAUCGGAACUGGAACCCCCCACUGCUAGGCAACCUCCCCGAAGACUUUCUCCGCAUCCUGCCCCAGCAGCUGGACAGCAUACAGGCUACCUCCGGGGGCUCCAAGCCUGCGAUCACAGAGGGAGGCCGGCCCCUCACGGCCGGGCCCGGACCCCGGGACCAGGAGAACCGCUGGAAGCAAUACCUGGAGGACGAGAGGAUCGCGCUCUUCCUGCAGAAUGAGGAGUUCAUGAAGGAGCUGCAGCGCAACCGCGACUUCCUCCUUGCCCUGGAGAGAGAUCGAUUGAAAUACGAGUCCCAGAAAUCUACAUCCAGCAGCGUAGCUGUGGGAAAUGACUUUGACUUUCCCGCUCCUGUCCCAGGAACCAGCGACAACAACUCCGCUGCGUCUGAAGAUGCCUUAUUCAGGGACAAGUUGAAACACAUGGGAAAAUCCACCCGGAGGAAGCUGUUUGAACUGGCCAGGGCCUUCUCGGAGAAGACCAAGAUGAGGAAGUCAAAGAGGAAACACUUGUUGAAGCAUCAGUCACUGGGGGCUGCGGCAUCAACAGCCAAUCUCCUGGACGACGUGGAGGGCCACACUUGUGACGAAGACUUCCGGGGAAGGCGACAGGAGGUGCCCAAGGUGGAGGAAGCACUAAGGGAAGGACAGUAAGAGAUGCAGCAGUUUCUCCUCGCCGGAGACCAUCUGACCCGGUAGAGGCAGCCACAGAGCAAACCGGCCCUCCGCUGAAGAGCCCAGCUGCAGCCGGACGGAGGGUGCUUGAGUUCUGAGGCCCAGUGGUUCUCCAGCCACAGUCCAGCCCAGCCACUGCCACUGCCACUUCCCAAGGGACUUAGAACUUCGGAGUUGCAUGCUGUGACUGGAGGAAGGGCCUGAGGGUGGAGGCAACAGCCAACCACAGUCCCUUUCGUAGCCAGGCUGUUCUGUGGGGAACGAGUGGAAAUGUAGGAUCUAACCCCUCUUCUU